CAUUUAUUUAUUUGGAAAACAAAAAAAUAUUUACAAUAUUAGAUACACAGUAAGCAUUCUUUAUAAAAUAAUAUGAUAUACUAAAUGCAAAAUUUUAUGUUUAACUAGAGUACAAGACCAUAUUGAAACAUGUUAAAAAUUCAGCAUUAUACAACGGCACAGUGUGGUGGAUUUUUUUAUAAGCCUAUACAAACCAGUAACCUUUUGUUUUGGGAAAAGGGGAAGCUAUAAUGAAAUACUUCUUGUUUUACAUUAAGUUCCUUAAACUUAAACAGUUGUUUAUUAUUCCCUGUACACUAUGGAGAGACAUUCUGUUCUUUUGAUUUUAUGCUACGCUAUAAUCUUACACUUUUUAGCUUUUAAUGAAGCAUCACCAUGGACUAGGAGACAAUGCGUACAGAUAGCUGAUGGCUAUGAUUGUAGUGAUAUGAACCUACAAUUGAUUCCUGACGAGGUACCAAAUUCUGUCCGAACACUGAAAUUCACCUUUAACUACCUGCCUGCCCUAUACAACUUUACUUUUGAAAGACUACACAACUUACACUAUUUAGACCUCACAAGAUGCAGCAUCACUUUUGUGUAUGAGGAUAUUUUUACACAUCAUGUACCCCUGGAGGUCCUCAUACUUAUUGGAAACCCACUUGUGUUCAUCACAAACAGAGCCUUUUCCGGAUUGCAAGGUUUGAAAUAUUUAAGUCUGGCUCAGUCCAAUAUAAAAAGCCUAUCAGACAUCCCAUCAGAUAAUCUUGCCUAUUUGGAAGUCCUGGACAUAAGAGGAAGUGACAUUAGCUCCUUAGAUGGUCUAAGCAAAUUCCGUUGGCAAAACAUGAGGAGUCUGCAGCUAGGCAUGAAUUCAAUUGAAAGAAUAAGCGCAGUCGAUUUGGAAACACUUCACAAUCUAGUUGGUAUGAACCUUAGUUUAAAUGCAAACUAUAUUAGCUAUGUAGAACCAGGAGCUUUUCAGUCACUCAACUUCGGAAGUCUUGAUUUGAAUGGCUGCCUAGGAAAGAUGAACAUUUCUGAACUACUGAAGGGCCUCGAAGGCCUUAAAACCAAAAGACUAAGUCUAGGAUUGUAUGAAUCCGACCCAAAGACAUUCAUAACAUCUCUGGCGCUACAAUCUUUCUGUAAAAUCUCUGUGAUUGAACUGAAUUUCCAGCUCCAACAUUUCCCAGACCUGAAUAACAGCACAUUUCAUUGCCUUGAUGGGCUUCAAAAGCUGGACCUUACCAGAACCCACCUCAGUUUCCUCCCCUCUAACCUGUCCGGCCUAUCCACAUUGUCUCAUCUGGUACUAAAUGAGAAUAGCUUUCUGGAUAUCUGUCACAUAAACGCCAAAAGCUUUCCCAUGCUUACACAUUUAUCCAUUAGUGGAAACUUUAAGCAGCUAAAUUUUAGCAGUAGAUGCCUGGAGAGUCUUGGAAGCCUGGAAAAGCUGGAUCUCAGUCGUAGCAGAGUAAACCCCACAAGACCCUGUUGCAACGACCAGCUAUUUGGUCUGAGUAAACUGAAAUUUCUCAGUCUCAGCUAUGGUUCACCCAUGAUCUGGAAUUCACAGCCCUUCAAAGUUACUCCACAACUGGAGCACUUGGACUACACCUAUUUAGCGUAUACUUUGAACGACAGCUCACCUUUCAGUAGUCUACAAAAUCUCAAAACUCUCAAUCUAUCCUGGUCAAACACGGAUCUGACCAAUGUUCAACUUUUCAAGGGCUUGAAGAACCUGCAACACCUCAAUUUAAAGGGGAACACAAUUCGAGGUGGAGUUCUUACCCAACCAGAGCUCUUCAAACAGGUGCCCGUUUUGGAAACCCUCAUUCUGUCUGCGUGUGGAAUCAGCGCCUUUAAUGAUAACUUGUUUAAAGAGCUCACACAUCUGAAGCAAGUAGACUUCAGCGAGAAUCGGCUGAUCAGAUUCAGCACCUCUGCAUUUUACUCACUAAAGUUUCUCCAACUUAACUAUGCUAAUAACAGCAUUAUGAUGGUGGAUGUUAAAAAUGUUAAGGAUUUGGGAAAUGCGAGUACUGUGGAUCUGAGCAAUAACCCUCUGAUAUGCAACUGUAGCAAUUUUAAAUUUAUCCAAUGGGUAGAGGAAAAUGCUUUCAAAGUUAGACGCUUGACAGAGACAACUUGUAACGGGACAGGAAGAAGGAUUAUUGAUGUCCAUUUGCAAUGUAAAUUUCCUUUAGGUAUACCUGUUAUAGUUGUAAUUGUAAUUGUUUUGUGUGUCAUUUUCUUUGUUCUCUUUUUUAUCUGGAGAAUUAGGAAAAGAUAUACAAGCUACACAGUAUUAUAAACAUGCAAACUACAUAAUCCAGCAAACGGUUUUGAGUUUA